AGGGUGAGGUUGAGCCUCCCGAGGCGGCCAUGUUGGAUGUGUUGGUCAGGGUUGUGGUGUUGACUCGUCUUCACCCGUCGCCUCACUGCAGCUCUCUGCCAACUUAACUGUUUCUCCUCCUCAGGUACUGGUACCUUUGGAAAAUGUUCUUGGCACAUCUGGAGCCGCUCACCUGGAGCUCACCUCACCUGCUGCGCUGGUUGCUGGCCUGCGUCUGGCUCCUGGCUCCGCCCACAGGUGUGUCAGCUGACCUGUGCCGCGUCACCGGCGGCGUUCUGGGGAUCCACUGGACCAGCACCCUGGGCCUGGGCUGGUACCCGCUGGCGUCCGGCAGAGGCGGCGCCACCUGCUGGGAGACGUGCUGCUUGGAGCCCAGGUGUGACGCCGUGUGGAGCAUCGGGGGGCGCUGCGUGCUCCUCAGCUGCUCCAGGAAGGACGGCUGCAGCAUCUCGUCUCUGCCGCAGCCCCACGAGGAGUCGCUGGGCCUCCUGCAGCUGCUCUCCAAGGGACCGGUCCGAAUGAAGCGCAGGAAGCCUCGCCACGCCCUCCGUGGACGGCUGAGGAGAGCGCACCUCAGCAGCACGGGAAGCCCCGGCGCCGUUCAGCUCGCUCCCACGGCUCUCAGCCGCAUCACGGUCCCACAGACGGCCCAGCAGAACCUCCGCCUGUCAGCCAAUGGGAGCUCAGAUGGAGUUCUGGUUCCGCCUCUGCAGAACUCCACCGUCCACAGCACCAUUAAUCCCACCACGUCUUCCAAUAUCACCGAUGGGAGCUCUCUGACUCCGGCAGUUCUAUCUCACCCCUGUCUCCUGCAGCUGACGGUGGGCCUGUAUGAGUUCGAGGUGACGGUGGAGGGAGAAGGAGCCCGUGGGCGGGGCUACGUCAACGUCACUGUCAGACCAGGUGAGAGCAGGAUGGUUCUGAUCCGGUUCUUCUGCUCUGUGAAGAACCUGAAGCCUCUCAGGCGGCUGAGGCCUUCAGCUGCUGCUUCAUCUCCUCUUCCUGUUAAAGAGGCAGCCUGCAGGCUGACCGCUAAUCUGUGA